ACACAAACACAAAAUCCUCUAACUGCUGCAAAAGGAGUUUCAUGAAAGAGGGUGCAGAGUGGAAUACAUAGACGAGACAACAUCAAUUGCGCCAAAAUGUACCCACAGCAACAGCACCAUGUUCCCUUCACCAACGUUCAUCAACCCUACUGUUCUGCCAACCCCUUCUUGUUGUCUUUCCCUCUCAAUUCCGAUUCUGCUCAUCAUCCUCCAGCCACCGACCCACUUGCAAAUUCAACCCCUUCUUCUGUUGCUGCACCUUACUCUUCCCAAUCCUUUGAUUCUCACAACUGGAUCGUCAAACAAGCUGACCCCGUCACAUUUGAUCAUGCUGUUGGUCCAUCGCAUGAAACUUCGGCAGCAUCUGCAAGUUUUCCUAUCACAUGGAAUGGCACAUGGUCCCAUCAAAUUUUCACUAAUGAUGCUACGGUAGUGUCACCUAACCAAAUCAGACUCAGCAAACCAAUUAGAUGUGAAGUUUGCAAAAUUGAUUGUAAUAGCAAAGAUGUUUAUGAAAAACACAUAUUGGGAAAGAAACACAAAAGGAAUUUGCAGGUGCAGACUAAUCCUCCAAAUUCAUCAUUAGCAGGACCCUCUUAUGCAAGUGUACCAAGUCAAACAAAUAGUAUCCAAGGAAAAGUGUCUGAUGGUGCUGCAGGCAAGGAGUUAAAGUCUAAGGAACAAAAGCUUUCAAAUGGUGGUUCAACCACUGAUUCUGCCAAAGUUUGCACAGUAUGCAACAUUGUGUGCACUAGUCAAGACGUAUAUAACAAACAUCUAGCUGGGAAAAAGCAUACUGCUCAGGUAGGCUUGAUGUUAAAUAAUGGGAUUGGUCCAUACAUUGCUGCAUUUAAGCAUCAAGGCAUUGGUCCUUGGAAGAAAUCUCCAAAGAAAAUCAAGGUUGAUCAAUCUGCAUGGUGUGACGUAUGUAAGAUUAAAUGUAAUAGCAGGGACGUGUAUAUUGUACACUUAUGCGGGAAGAAACACAUGAAGAACUUGGAGAAACUGUCAAAACCAAAAAUUGAUGCUGGUGAUGUUACUGCUGUUGUGAAUGCUUUACAAGAAACAGCAAAGCCGAUAAUUGGGCCGCAGGAAAAGCCAGGUACAGAUAAACCAAAAUCACAGAAGGCACCAGAAAUGGAUAUUGAGACAAAGAAGCGUAAAGUGGUAGAAGGUGGGGCUGCAGAAGCUUCUGUUAGAAUUUGCACCCUAUGCAAUGUGGUGUGCAACAGCCAGACAGUUUUUGAUACUCACCUCGUUGGGCAUAAACACGCUGCAAUGGCGAAGAAGCAGGGAGAGUCAACAGGGGAAACUACUUGCUGAGAUGAUUAUAGCCAUUGUGCCAUCUAAAUGUGGUGAGAAAAUGUAGUGAUCACUUUGCUAAUUGUCAAGUUUUCACGCUUUUAUUAGCAAUUGGAUGUGUUGUAUAGUUUGUUAUGUCUACGAGAGGAGCCUACAGUUAGUGUUUUGGAAUAUAAUUAUUCAAUAACAUUUGGUUAAUAGCAGUAGUUGUCAAUAGCGUGUGAUAGCGGUGGUGCAUGGCGGAGCGGCAUUCCACGAUGCAAUAGCGCCACCAUAGGAAAAGAAAUUAACUUUCUUUUUUCUAUCCUUAAAAUAAGGAAUUUUAGAGUUUUUGCACAAGAUUAGAUUUAGAUCACAUUAUUUUGAAAUAUGGGGAGUUUGUCUAUUAUAGAAUUUAAUGAUCAGGUUUCAUCAAACUUGUGUCAAGCCUGGACAUUAGGGAUGCCAAAUUGAUUUAUUUGGAUUAUUAGUUUGCCUUCUGUUUAAUC